UGCAUAAAGCCCAUCUCAAACAUUAACAGGAACCCUAGCGCUUUCCUCGCUCUUCAUCGCCUUCGCACCGUCUCGCAAAUCUUCGAGCAUCAUCUCCCAGUUCAUUCGAAUCCUUCUUUGUUCCGCUCGACUUGGUUCUGUUAGUCCUCCUCUCCCAGUUCCUAAAGUGCAUCGUCCGCCUUGUGAUCGUUGUUCGAGCUUGAGGGAUCGAUCUUUGGAGGCACAGAUUGUUGCGCUUAAGGUGCUUGUAACAGUUGUUGCAUGGCUACAUCUUUGGAUAUGUCACUGGAUGAUCUGAUAAAAAGAAGUUCUAGUCAAAGAGGAAGAGGGAGAUGGAGAGGGAGAGGCCAGGGGCAAGUUCAAGUUCGCAGCCGCGGUGGUGGCACUUUUCUUGGAAGGGGAAUGGGAAGGUUUAAUGGAGACUUCCUGAGAGUUAAGACUCGCCCAUCACCCUACAAAAUUGCCAAGUCUUUCAGUAGAACAAAGGACAUGACAUGGAGACGUGACCUCUUUGAUGAUAGCAUAGAAGCAGCUGGCACUUCAGGAGUGCAAACAGGCACAAAACUUUACAUUUCAAAUCUAGAUUAUGGGAUAUCCAAUGCAGAUAUAAGGGAGUUAUUUUCCGAAGUUGGUGAUCUAAUGCGCUGUUCUGUUCAUUAUGAUGGGAAUGGUCGACCAAGUGGUUCGGCUGAGGUUGUAUACACAAGGAGAAGCGAUGCAAUAGCUGCUCUAAAACGUUACAACAAUGUGCAGCUCGACGGAAAGCCUAUGAAAGUAGAAGUUAUUGGUGCUUUAGGCUUGCCUAUGACUCGUGUGAACGUUGCAGGUGUUCCCUAUGGUAGGGGGAGGACAGUUAUGGUAACGCCACAAGUAGCUCAAGGUGGUUCGCGUUCUUUUAAUCAUGCUUCUGGGAUAAAUCGGGGUGGUGGCUUUCAACGUGGUCGAGGUCGUGGAAGUUUCAGAGGCAGUGGCCGGGGCCGUGGUACUAGGGCUACACGUGGCCGUGGUCGAGGUCAUGGUCAUGGAGGGCAGCAAAGCUUUGAGAAGUCUGCCAAUGAAUUAGACAAGGAACUGGAAAGUUACCGCUUAAUGAAUAGAUGAUAAUAGAACAUAUUUGAAGUGCGACAGCAUGUUCUCCUAUACCUUGUAUUUUGAUCCUUGCAGCAAGGAUCCGAGCCACAAAACUGAUAACAUUCGGGGGACUGAGGAGCUUCAUGAUAUAUACCUCAACUUGGACGAUCUAUUUGCAGAAGAUCCAAAAUGUAACAUAAGGUUGCAUACGAUAGAAUUAUAUUCAAUGUGGUUUGGUCUUUUAUAAGGAUUCUACACUGACGGUAGUUUCGGGCUGUUUUUUUGUGUGUGAGAUUUUGUGAUAUUUAUCAAUGUUUUUCUAACCAUUAAAUGCAUCAUUUUCACUCAUGUUUCUA